AUGUGUAUGAAGAAUCCCAGGACAACGGAUAAAAUGAAGUCUAUACCAGUUUCACAGAUUCCAAGCUCAUCCAUGAGUUCCUUCAUAGACAACUCGAAUGUUGGGCAAGUUGAAUAUACAAAGAAUGAAGGAGAGGACGAACCUUACAAAAAUAAACCUGGCAUAAAGGCUAUAGGAGUAUAUUUCGGCAACGACGCCGCUACAGCAUAUCUGGAUGAUGGAUCCGCACGUUUAUUAGUCAAAUCGCAGCCCGUUUAUGGGUCUGAACUACCACCCCCCGUGACAUACUCACCUAGAAGUUCUAGGUUAAGGCCACUAGUUCUUUCUAUGGGAGUGAUAAUAUUUGCUCUAGUGGUAGUAAUAUUAUACCUAUUGAACGCUUGCAAAACGACUUCGUCACACGUUUAA